CGUAAAAAAAAAAAACGAUCACGUAAAUCACAAUGUAGUAGUAGUAAUAUUUCCAUUUUCCAGCUAACAAAUUCUCUUUUCAAAUUCAGACGUCAUUAAUUUUGCUUCGAAUGUGUGUAUACAUUACAGUGACGGCAGUAACCUUCACUCCCCCACUUGCUAUCUUCUCUCCGCAGAUCAGAUCUGAUCCCUCACAACACAGUUGAGGAGUUGAAUUCCCAUCUUCACAAAGUAAAUGGGUCGUGGAGUUAGCAGUAGCGGAGGGCAGAGUUCUCUGGGCUACCUUUUUGGAAGAGGGGAAGCUCCUGCUCCAAAACCUGCCAUGAACAAUGUGCAGGCACCUGUUGAGAAGCCAGCCCCAGUGACUCGUGUUACACCAGAGAAGCAGCCUUCUGCCGCACCAUCUGGUGAUGGUAUAAAGCAGAUUCCUGCUGGUAUCCAUGGAAACCAGAAGAAUAACUAUUACCGUGCUGAUGGCCAGAACACUGGGAACUUCCUCACGUUGCUCAAUGAUCGAUGACAUUUUGUUACCAUCGAUAGCAUUGGGACUGAAUGCUUCAGGAUCGACCUUCUACUAAAGUCCAUGCUGCCCCAGGUGGUGGGUCUUCCCUGGGAUACCUUUUCGGAGGUGGGAGUAACUAGUGGCUUUGGCACAUCAUAUUCAACAAUGAGAUUGCCGUCUACUCUGUCUAGGCCACAUUCAAAAUGUGGUCUAACAAUAUGUUCAUCUCUUGAGACACUGUGAAUUAGAGUAUGGUUUACAUUUCUUGUGUCGUAAAUUCGUAAUGCAUUUAUUGCUGAAGUCACAUACCUUAGAUGAUGUUUGAGCUGCUGUUGAAGCUAUGUCCAAUAGUUUGUGAUGUCCCUCAUAUCAAUCAGUAUCAGAUAUGGUGAUAGAUCAUUUGUGGUUGUUAAUAGCACUCUCAUUUUGUUUGGUUUAUAUCUCGAUUUAUUCUCAAA